ACAACAACAACUAGUAUCUACAGUACUACUACCACAUCCUUCAACCUCCAAAAGCCUAUUCAAAACCAAUUCCAGAACCCUAACAAGUAAAAAUGUUUGAAGAUAUUUGCUUGGUGUCUGAUUUUGCUCUUUUGGAGUCGAUUCGGCAACACCUUCUCGACGAUAAUUUUGAUACUACUUUGCAAGAAUCAUCACCAACAGCUUCAGGCAGUCCUCCCCCAAUGCACUCCCAGAGUUUAAGCUUCAACACCCUCUUCUCGACGGAAAGUUGGGUGGACAUGCCGUUUAAAGUGGAACUGGAAGACACUAACGACGUUGUUGGUUCUCUGUCUGAUGGCACAGACGGGUGGAGUCCAUCAUCAGAUCACCAUCACGUUGAUGUUGUUGAGACCACACCCGUGAAACCGAAGCCUUGGGAGAUUGUCAAGGAAGAGAUAGUGGUGGCGCGUGAGACUCACACGCCACCGUCGCGGCAGCACUUUCGAGGCGUGAGACGGAGGCCAUGGGGGAAAUACGCGGCGGAGAUUAGGGAUCCCAAGAAGAACGGGGCCAGAGUGUGGCUUGGGACUUAUGAGACGGCUGAGGGUGCGGCAUUGGCUUAUGACCAAGCCGCUUUUAAGAUGCGCGGCUCCAAAGCCAAGCUCAACUUCCCUCAUCUUAUUGGCUCGGAGGGAUGUGAGCCCGUUCGAGUAACAGCAAAGCGGCGUGCCCCGGAGUUCUCCACUUCUUCUUCCUCGUCAGAAAGUGGGUCGCCGAAGCCGAAAAGGAGGAAUAUUGGACUCCGAACGGCGGCUGAAGCCGAGUCGGGUAGCACAAGCCGGGUUGAGAUGAGCCAGCUAGCUGCUGUUGAUCAGUGGCUAAGUGAUCUUAACACAACAGUGUCCCCAAUGCCACAUGAAUUAUUGAUUAGUGGUUUAUGAUUAAUAUUUAAUGCUGGUUAAUUGUUGCAUUAUUUAGAGUAAUUGGAGAUUCCCCAAGUGUAAAGCGUUGGAUUUUUUUUUUUUAUUCCACCUUUUCGUUUUGUACGUGAUCGUUAAUGGAGACUAAAUUUUUGUUA